AUACUUUAGGCUUUGAACGAUAUACAUGUUGGGAGUUAAAGCAAUAGCAGCAACAAGAAAGAACCUGUCAGACCGUGAAUUCUCAGCUUUUAAGUAUACUUUUCAAGUAGAAAACAAACUACAUUGACAACGGAAAUAACGAAAAAGCUAUUAAAAAGAAGUUUUAAUUAUUGUUAACUUGAUACAGAGUCUGAGUGCAAAAAUAUAUAUUAUUUAAUUAAAAAAAAUCACGGGUUAACUUAUGAAUUGACGUGUCUUUUCGGAAGGCGUAGUUAGUUAUUUGGAGCAUUGUUUUGGAGCUGGCUGUGACCAAAAACAAAAACCCCAAACGCAAGUAGACGUGAAAAGAGAAAGUCUGGUGCGCACUGUUAACAAAGAGUUUUGAAUGCGUAAAGCAGUUUAAGGAGGUCUAACUGAAUUUACAAUUGCAAGAUAUUCUGAUUGAUAUUGUUUGAGAUUGCAAUAUGCCCAAGGACAAUAUGAAUGGCUCGGCAGUAAGCUCAUCUCAAGCAAAUGGUAAAAUUCAUCAAAAUGGCUCCGCGAAACACAACCAGAAAUUUGAUGUCAAUUCUUUGCCUCCACAAAAAUCGGUUGUCAUUGCCUAUAUACUUUGGCUAUUUGGGGGCAUUUUGGGCUUGCACCACAUAUAUUUGCGUCGCGAUCGUCACGCCUUCGUCUGGUGGUGUACCUUGGGCGGUUACUUUGGCAUAGGCUGGUUGUGUGAAAUUUUCGCCAUACCCGGCUAUGUGCGAGAUGCCAAUGAGGAUCCUCGUUUUAUCGAGGAAUUUGUAAAGAAGCUGCAACAUUUUAAAAAACCACCCUAUUCGGGUAAACGUUUUGUGGGCGAGGUAAUGAUUGGUUAUCUCUUUGGACAAUUGUUUGAAAUGGCCAUACCACAGACGGAAUUCUUGGGUAUUGAUUUUACCAUACUGCACUGGCUAAUACCAGUUUUUGUGGCAUUAGGCGUUUGGACUGUGGGAAAUAUUGGGCGGGAAAAGGGUGUGCUAUGGCAUUGUCUUUUAGCUGCUCUGGCUGCAUAUCCUGUGCGUUAUUUCAUCUAUGACGAAACUUAUACUUUGCUUAUAUCUGCUCUGGCUUCUGCACUGGUUUUUGAUCAUUAUUCCAAAGAGUGGUUACGCACACCGCCCAAAAGGCGAGGCGCCAUGGAACGAUCUCUUAAGUUCACCGGCGCUCUUUGCAUUUACUUUUCCAUCUGGGGUUGUUUCCUAUUCUUCAAUGGCACCAUAUCCGACGAGGAUGGCAAUGAAGUGCCCAUACACGAGGCAUUCCAAAACUUCCUAGCCUCUGCUUGGUGGACGGAUAUUGCCCAGGCUCUAAAGGAUACCUAUAAUUAUGCGCAGCAUCAUGGAUGGUAUGAAACAUGGAAGGAAAUCUUUGAAUCCAUGGAUGUUGAUGGCGAGCGUAAUGCUUACAAAGUUUUGGGCGUUAGUGCAACAGCUUCACAGUCGGAGAUAACAAGUGCAUAUCGCAGACUUUCCAAAGAAUUCCAUCCGGAUAAGGUUAAGGACGAAUCUCAACGUGCAGCGGCCAAUCAACGUUUCAUUGAAAUACAACAAGCCUAUAGCGUCCUAUCGAAAAUCAAAUCAAGUCGACGUCGUAAAAAUACCAAAUCAGUGGAAGACGAUCCCAUCGUUUUGUGAAACACUAGAAAAUGACUUUAUUUAAUGUUAAGUUUUGAUUAUUUUCUUAUUUAAAAACCCUAAACUGUAAUACAUACCAGUGACUUAAUAUGUGUAGUAUGUAGUUCUAAUUUUAGCAUUUUUACAAUUAGCUCCCAAAAUACAUACAACGAAAUAAUAUUUAUUUAAAAUAUAUAAAUCUUCAAGUUUACAUUAAAAA